AUGUGUUUUGGUCGAGCCGGCUCGGGGUUUGCUUUUUUCAGGUUUUUAAGGUUUUCAUAUUUCGUUUCUGUUUUCUGGGUUUUUCAAGCAUCAUCAUCUAUCGGGAGACGUGAUACCUCUGGGUCCGGAUGGGCAUUGCACAAGGUCUUUUCUUUUCUUUUUAGGUCAUCUCUAAUUCGCAGGGCGGGUGGGCAUGGGGGAUGGUUCGCGGGUUCAAUAUCUUUCAGGCAAUCCUUUUCCCCCACAAUUGUUCUUACUCCCUCUCCUGGAAUUAUUUCUACAAAUCUCUUCUCUCAAUGCUUACACGCAGUCUCAGGUUCAACACAUCUGCUUGGGAUCCCUUGGUUUUGUUGGUUGGUUGUACCUUGGCGUAUUUAUCUUCCAGAUUUCGCGUGUCCAUUUGGCGUUUGGCAUGUCAGGGGAAAGUAG